AUGUCAGCUCGUCUAGCUGGGUACACCGCAAUGGGAUGCUCUAGCAUCGCGCUGGCCAUCGUAGCUCUCUACGUUCCGACUCUGUGGACAAAAAUCAACACAAUCACUGAUGAUUUGCGUAAGGACAUGACGGAGUUCCGUCAACUUCAAAACGGAGUGUGGUCGGGUAUGCAAGGGGAGCGUGUCGCCGCUGGAAUCAUUGCCAGAUCGAAAAGGCAGAGUUACAACUGUAGUGAGUAG